AUGGACUCACCAGAUCACUCAAAGUCAAUGGAGAACGGCAAAGCCCCAGCUCAAAGUGGCAACGUCGGUUUCCGACCAACGAACAGUGGAAUCGUCAAAGUACAGCCUCCAAGGCGCGAAGACCUACAACCAUCAUAUGCGCAAACUCUAGUUUUCGAAACCGAGGCUGUACAUGGCUGGUAUGGGUCAAUGAUAAAUGCCCUUGGUUCUACCCCCAACCCCUACAAGCCAGUCUCUCAAGGGAAUGUCGGACUCGUCACAAAGUUCGGAAAGUUCUCGCGCGCAGUUGAUCCAGGUCUUGUAAAGGUAAACCCGCUUUCUGAGCGCCUCAUCCAGGUCGACGUCAAGAUCCAGAUCGUUGAGGUACCACGUCAAGUGUGCAUGACUAAGGAUAAUGUCACGCUGAACCUCACAUCCGUUAUCUACUACCACAUCGUCUCGCCGCACAAAGCAGCUUUCGGCAUUAGUAAUAUCAGACAGGCACUGGUAGAGCGUACGCAAACUACUCUCCGCCAUGUGGUCGGUGCUCGCGUGCUACAAGACGUGAUCGAGCGCCGCGAAGAGAUCGCUCAAUCCAUCGGGGAGAUCAUCGAAGAUGUCGCAUUCGGCUGGGGUGUCCAGGUCGAAUCCAUGCUCAUUAAAGAUAUCAUCUUCUCCAACGAUCUACAAGACUCCCUUUCGAUGGCGGCCCAGAGCAAGCGCAUCGGAGAAAGCAAAGUUAUCGCCGCCAGAGCAGAAGUCGAAAGCGCAAAAUUGAUGAGGCAGGCCGCCGACAUCCUGAGCUCCGCACCAGCUAUGCAGAUCAGGUAUUUGGAAGCAAUGCAAGCAAUGGCCAAAUCGGCAAAUUCAAAGGUCAUCUUCCUGCCUGGUCCGUCGACAAGUCAGACCGUGCAGUCACAGCUGGCUUCCGCAGAUCAAGCUGGAGAAGGGCCAAGCAAGUAUGGCGCAAACUCGCCAUUCUCCGGCGAUACGAAUGAUGGGUUCCAGCAGGCCAUGAACGCGAGAGUGAUUGAGAACAUUUGA